AUGUCUGAGGCUGAGAACAAGACUACAGAAGAAUCACAAGUUGGUGCUAACGCUGACGCCGCUGGAUCCGCAUCAGGUGCAGGAAGUGUUGGACUAAACGCUUCAAGCAAGAAAACCUCGGAGGAAAAAAAGAAGCCAAAGAAACUAGGCCAGAAGGAAAAGGCUCAGCAAAACGGUGAGGCCAAGGAGGACGAAAGUCCACAAGCGACACCACAAAAAGAAAUGGACAAAGACAACAGAUCUCAGUCACGUAAACCAAGUCAGAGCCGUGGUAGAGGACGAGGUUCGUCUCAGCCACCGUCAGAUGCAGACAGCGCAUACAGAAGUGAAUCUUCGGCAAAGCCUAAAAGGCAGAGACAGCGCAACAGAAACAAGCAACAAGCGCAGACAGAGCAAGAAGGUGGAGGUGGAGGGCCUCUUGACGCCGUCGAUGAAGCUGGCGAGACUGUCAGUGGUGUAACAGAUCAGGUACAGGACACUGCUGGCAAAGCGCUAAGCAAGCCACACGAAGCUCUAGGUGGUCUUCUGAAGAGCAAAGGCGGUAAGAAGGACGCACAGAAAGGUGGGGAGGAAGAAGGAGGAGAGGAGGGAGGCCCAGACGAGCAAUUGAGGUUGCGCCUGGACCUGAACCUGGAUAUCGAAGUGCAAUUGAAGGCCAAGAUUCAUGGCGAUUUGACUCUGGGGUUGCUGAACUAA